AUGACAUCACACAAAACAUGCCACCACACGCCUCGACACACCAUCACACAUCUCUACACGCCUCCAUACAUCUCCACACCCCUGCACACACCUGCGUAUGUCAUCACACAUGUCCAUACAUGUCCACAUACUAGCACACGCCAGCAUAGGUCAUCACACUCCUCCAUAUUCCAGCACACAUGUCCACACACCAUCACACAACUCCAUAUGACUCCACAUGCCUCUAUAUACCAUAUGCCUCCACAUGCCAUCACACACCUUCAGAUGUCUCCACACUCUAUCACACUCCAUCACACGCCAGCACACUCUAGCACACACCAGCACACACCUCCACAUGCCAUCACACUCCGCCACACACCACCAUGUGCCUCUACAUGCCAUCACAUGCCUCCACACACCUACACAUGCCAUCACACACCUCCACAGGCCUCCACACUCUAUUACAUGCCAUCACAUGACAUCACAUACAGCACACUCCAGAACAUACCUCCACACACCAUCACAUGCCUCCACAUGCCACAUGCCUCCCCAAUCCAGCACACAACAGCACAUACCACCACAUGCCUGCAAAUGCUAUGA